AUGGCACUUUCGCUCCCACCUCGCGCCAUUUCCUUCCGCCUCCUCUUCCUUCUUGCCAUGGCCACCUCAGCUGCACGAGCUGUUGCAACAGGCGAGGCCGCGCCGCCGUGCUCCACCACCACCGAGCCUACCUCGCAGUCUGCGACGACGGCCGCAUUCCUCCGCGCCCGCUGCGCAACCACGCUGUACCCGGACGUCUGCUACGACUCCCUCCUGCCCUACGCCUCCACGUUCCAGGCCAGCCGCGUCAAGCUCGCCGUCGCCGCGGCCGACGUUGCCGCCGCACACCUCCGCGCGUUCUCGGCCCGCAUCAAGGACCUGCUCGUCCGCCGUGGUGGCGGCGGCGCCGGCUCGGAAGAAGCGGCAACCCCUGGCGGCGCCGGUGGCGCUCGCGUGGACGCCGCGCUGACUGACUGCGCAAGCACCAUCUCGGCGGCGGCCAGUCUCGCCAAGCGGUCGUCGGCGGAGCUCACCGGGCUCGACGCGGCCAUGGCCUCGACCGAGUCCUCGGCCUCCACGGUCACCGGUGGCGGAAGCAGGCAGGCGAGGUGGCAGGUGUCCAACGCGAAGACGUGGCUCAGCGCGGCCAUGACGAACGAAGGGACAUGCUCCGACGGGUUCGAGGAUGCCGGCGCGGCCGUCACAGCGUCGCCGGCGGGGAAGGACGUCGCCGCCGGCGUGGCGACCGUGACGCAGCACACCAGCAACGCUCUCGCGCUCGUCAAUGGCAUCCCGUUGUGAAAGAGACGGAUUGAACUCCUCUUGAAGACUUGUACAGUACGAAGGUGUCAAAGGUAUGUGGUAUUAGUACAAAACAAAUUUCAAUUUGAAUUUGAGAAAAUAUGUAUCGUCGGUACGUAACACUAAGCUCGA